AUGACUCAAAUUGAACCGGGUAUAAUUACAAAUACCGUAGAGUCAUUAUAUAUGAUUGGUUAUAAUCAUAAUGCAUUAACAAUUGGAUCAUUACCAAAUACUUUAAAAGAAUUGAAUCUUUCUACAAUGCAACCACAAAACUCUUAUGUUCCAGGUAUAAUUCCAGAUGGUUUAGAGGAAUUACAGAUUUCUGGUAAACUUGAAUUAUAUGUCCCACCAACAACCGCCGUUUCAAAACCAUCAAAAUAUAUUUAUCCUUUCUUUCCAAAUAUAAUACCAAAUACAUUUACAUUCUUAAUGACUGUAUUCAAAUAUUGUUUAUCAUUAACCACCGGUACAAACAAAACCUCAGCACCACCAACUAAUAAAGAUCAAGAAAAUCAAGACCAAACACCUCUUUCUGCUGAUAAAAUGAAUUCUCAAAACUCUGUGUUAUUAAUCGGUAGUAUUCCAAACUCUGUUAGAAAGAUUAAAUUAUCCCAUGGUUUUAGUCAUGAUUUACCAAUUGGUAUUAUUCCUCAUAGUGUUGAGGAUUUAGAUCUUUUCGAAAAAUAG